UAAGACUUGAGAAUUUUUCAGAGUUGGAUGUACCUCCGGUGUUGCCACACCCCGACAGAAGCAACGGCCUGUCUCACCUUGGCAUGAUGUGCCGAAAAAUAACCAACCAGUGUUACCACCUGAAGAGGACCACCCACCCCCACUGCCAGUGAAAACUAGGCGGAAAAAUCCUCAUCAACUUCUAAUAGAAGUGAAAGACCAGAGCUGUGAAGAACAAAAUCAUCCCUCUCUCGGUAUGGACUCGGUUGUGUGUGAGCCACCCUCGAGGAACGGAGAGCGGAAACUGGAGGAUCUCGACAACCUACUGACACAACUCUCAGAGGUCAACACAUAUGUGGUCCAACAAAUAGACAUAUCAGAGGGGCUUCAUGGCAAUAUCAUUCAGGUGUCAGCAGCAGCUUUGGAGUCUCAUUAUGACAUCCCCCGGCCACACCUCUCUCUACUGGCCUCGAUGAGAUCCACAUAUGUUCGCUCAGAUACGUUCCCCCCCACCCACUUCCUGUGCACGACACCUCUUGUGGACAACGAUUCUUUGGAUCCUAUUGUGAACAGGUUAGACGCAGAGAUGACUCCUGACUCCUUAGAGUGUGACUCGCCUUGGUCGCUGACUCAUCCCAGCACUGCCUGGUCUCAUCCAACCAUCACCAGUGAUCUGAGUCAUUCUGGCUCUCUUUUGCGGAACUUCAUAACCUCAGAGGAAAAACUUUUCCCCGACUCUCUAAACUCAUGACCAAGCUGGACAAACCAAAUUUUCACUCUCGGAAGAGUGCACACUACAGUAUUAUGUAUACAAAUGUUUUAAAUAAAUGUAAUAAACACUGUACAUUUCUAAAAUU